UUAAAAUCCAGAGUGGAGUCGAUCAGUUCGGUGGCCGUGAAGAGCAGCAGCAGCUUCGGAACAAAAAUUGAGCGUUGCAGCUGAGGUGAUGUGGGGCAGUGCGUGGUGAAAUCGAGCGGUCAGUGCGUCGUGUCUCGACCCAGUGUGACAGCACCGGCCACAAGAUUCUGUCUUCUCUGACCCUCAGGCCCGGGCCUACGUCCGCAGCUGCAGCAGCAGCAGCCAUGCUGAACAAUCUUGCUGUCAGCGCCGGAGGACUGAGCCUCGGAGGUUCGAAGGACGUGUGUGAUGACUUAAAGCGCCAUCACGCCGAGCUGAAAGCUUCCCAUCUGGACCACGGCGGUAACUCGGACCACCAUUCAGGUCGCCUGGGAACAGGGUCCCUGUGCGAGCCGCCGCCAGGGCUUCCUCCUCAGCACACAGGGCAGCAGCAGCAGCAACAGGGCCUGCCUCCCGGCCCUGCCUCGGACUCAGACAAACCAGCAAAGCAGAAGCGACAUCGAACCCGUUUCACCCCCGCGCAACUGAACGAACUGGAGCGUUGCUUCUCCAAAACGCAUUACCCGGAUAUAUUCAUGAGAGAAGAGAUAGCCAUCAGGAUUGGUCUCACGGAGUCCAGGGUACAGGUUUGGUUCCAAAAUCGCAGAGCCAAGUGGAAGAAGAGGAAGAAGACUACAAACGUGUUCAGGACCCCCGGGGCCCUCUUACCGUCCCACGGAUUACCUCCCUUCGGCAGCAUGUCCGAAGGACUCUGUUCCUCUGGAAUGUUCGGUGGAGCUGACAGUCGCUGGGGUGUUGGCGGCAUGACUCCAGGUCUGGGCCAGCUGAGUCAAGGCAGCGUCACAAUGGGAGGUUUCGGCCAGUCUAUCGGUCAGCUGAAUCAGGGAUCGGCGCUCACUUCGAGCCUCAAUUCGGGGCUGCCCAUCACGUCCACCAUGUCCUCAAACGGCUCUACAGUGUACCAGGCCCACUACGGGCUCAACAGUCUGGAUCCUGUUUUCUACGGGCACGACGGCAACGACAACCUCAACUGAAGACAAGGAUGUGUUGUCAUCGAAAGGGACGAUGCUGCCCACCAACCGUAUAUUUUAUUUCGAGUUGGUGCAGAAAGACAGACAUUGGUGAUGUGUGUGAUGUGAACAGAAUGGAGUUAUCUUUUGUUCCUUGCAAUGUCCACCUUUUACGAGAUUUUCUACGGUAACUGUCGUAAUAUUUUGUCGCAUCUGUAUAUUGUAGAUCCGGUACAGUACAACACAUCUCUGAGAAACAGUCAACAUUACGUCUUAGUUCCUCUGUUUAUCACCGCAGCGGCUCCAUCAAGAGGGAAUGUAAGUUAAACGUUGACAAAUGUUGGAACGUGUAUGUGAGCAAAGCAUUACACUUGAUAAGAGUACAGAAUGUAGUUAAGGAGACUAAGAGUGUGAGCGUUCUCCUUAAAAUAAGUCGUACUGUACAAAAGUCUGAAAUAAUUAUGUGGAGAUUGGAGUAUAUAAAUGACAUACCUUAAACCCUUUCAUGCAGAUGUUCUUUCAUUCAAGAACAAAUUACUUUCAGUACCGGCCCCAAUAUUUAGAAUUUUAUCCUUUUAAUUCCUAAUUGACUUAUAUAAUAUAUAUAACUUUAUUAUUAA